AGGUACUCCGAAGAUGAUCAUGGGCCAAGAGAACAGACUCAUCCGCCUUAGCCGGGUGCUGAUCCAUCUUCUUCCCUAAACCAUAUCUUGAUACCUUAACAGCCGAUGUCAUGUCAGCUUCGAUGAGCCUUGCAUCAACUCCUAAGCGGUCUAGUGUGUCUCAGUGGGGGUAACGCGGCAGAGAGCGCUGUGGAUGGUUGAGUUCCACUAUGAGUGGCAGCCAUGAGACUGUACACUUGACGACGUUGUAGACCAUGAGAGCUUGACACAAUGAAACGGCCCUUGAAAGACUCGACAUUUCACACAGAGACUCGGCAUGCAAAAGAAACCAUGCUCGGCUACCACAGGCCAUAAUUUUGAUCCCACACACCACUGAAGAACACGCAACAUGCAAUUCUCGGCUAGUUCCAUCACAAUGGUUCAAACCAAACCUUCUGUAGGACUUACCCUACACCUGUAGUCGCCCGGACGACGGCACAACAUAGCGCCGACCUUCGGGCAGCUCCCACCUGCUUGGCCCGUGCGCUCAUUCGCUCUGGAGGAUUACGAGACAAGCUGUAGCCUUGUCAUCGAGCUUCAACCUCAUCGCAAACCAUCGCCAACACACCCAAUCCCCGACACGCAUCACUAUCUCCGCCUCCACCCGAACCCGUAAAUCUGGCAAUCGUGCCAAAUCUUACAUAUCUACACCCCCGAACAAUCUCUAUCAGCUCGUUUCCCUGACGUCAAGGGAGCUUCGCCAAAGAUGGCGCUCGACGAGUACUACCACAACAAGAUCGAGGCUAUGAAGCUUGAGAUCCUUAAGGGACAAGCCGCGCUUCGCCGCCUCGAAGCUCAGAGAAAUGACUACAACUCACGCGUGCGAUUGUUGAGGGAAGAGUUGGGUCUGUUGCAACAGCCUGGUUCCUAUGUCGGAGAAGUCGUCAAGGUCAUGAGCACCAAGAAGAUUUUGGUUAAAGUUCACCCUGAGGGCAAAUAUGUGGUCGAUGUGUCGGAUAGUGUUGAUAUCGGCAAGCUCACACCAGGAAAGCGAGUCACCCUCCUUUCCGAUAGCUAUAAACUCGAGAAGAUGCUCCCCUCCUCCGUCGAUCCUCUUGUCUCCCUCAUGAUGGUAGAGAAGGUUCCCGACAGCACAUACGACAUGAUUGGUGGUUUGGACCAGCAGAUCAAGGAGAUCAAGGAAGUUAUCGAACUUGGUCUUAAGCACCCUGAGCUCUUCGAGUCUCUUGGAAUUGCACAACCCAAGGGUGUCUUGCUAUAUGGCCCCCCUGGUACUGGAAAGACACUACUGGCACGAGCUGUUGCUCACCACACUGCCUGUAAAUUCAUCCGAGUGUCAGGUUCCGAACUGGUCCAGAAGUACAUUGGUGAGGGUAGUCGAAUGGUGCGAGAACUCUUCGUCAUGGCUCGAGAGCACGCCCCAUCCAUCAUCUUCAUGGACGAAAUCGACAGUAUUGGUUCCUCACGAGUGGAGGGUUCUUCAGGAGGAGACUCUGAAGUCCAGCGAACUAUGCUUGAGUUGCUGAACCAGCUGGAUGGUUUCGAACCUACUAAGAACAUCAAGGUCAUCAUGGCCACCAAUCGUCUUGACAUUCUCGACCCCGCCCUCCUGCGCCCAGGACGUAUUGACCGAAAGAUCGAGUUCCCCCCGCCCAGCGUCGAGGCCCGAGCGGAUAUUCUCCGCAUUCACAGCCGCAAGAUGAACCUCACCCGUGGUAUCAACCUCACCAAGAUCGCGGAAAAGAUGAACGGGUGCUCUGGUGCUGAGCUGAAGGGUGUGUGUACGGAAGCAGGCAUGUACGCUCUCCGAGAGCGAAGAGUGCACGUCACACAAGAAGAUUUUGAGCUUGCCACGGCAAAGAUCCUCAACAAGCACGACGAUAAGGAGGUGUCUCUUGGCAAGCUUUGGAAGUGAGAAAAACUGCAACAAGGGGCGUUCUUAUAUUUAUCCGUAUUCUUGUCUCUGCUGCUGGUUAACCUGCUGGGUUCGCAACAGAGCCUGGUCGUUUAUAGAUGGGUUGGGUCAUGACAGCGGGAGCGGAGUUGUAAGGAUAGAAGAUUGUACCAUAAUGGAAACAACGAUCUCAAGCGACACAAGUUAAUAUGUGACGUUUGUGCAUAUAUCAUAACUCAGUACAUGUGAAUGAUAGCCCAAUAAUAAUCUGGUUGAUUUCUUCGUGAUUUUGACCCGGCGAGGUUCGCAUGUGACUUUUGAGAGGCCAA